GGGGGCUAAAGAAUUAGCCGAGACCAAGUCCAACUUAAAGAAUCCCACUCUUCAACUACAGACACUCAAAUGGAGUACACCAGUAGCUUGAAAUCCCUAUACACAAUAACCCCAUUACCCUUGAAUUUGCGUUCAAGGUCAAUUCUUUUCUUAACCCAAUUCAAAAAUAACUCUUCACCUUCUUCUUCUUCCUCCAAGCGCUUCUCAACUCUAUGUUCUCUGUCUCAAAAUGCAAAUGCAAAUGGAAAUGGGAGUUCUUUGCCUCAUGGAGCUGGUGAAGCUGUCUCUCAAGUCUCUAAAAAUAAGCUGCUUCAAGUUGUAUUAGUGUCUCCCCAGAUUCCAGGAAACACAGGUUGCAUUGCCAGGACAUGUGCGGCAACAGCUGUUGGGCUACACUUGGUUGGGCCCUUAGGAUUCCAAGUUGAUAGUACAAAAUUAAAGCGCGCUGGAUUGGACUACUGGCCAUAUGUGGUUGUGAAAGUUCAUGACUCUUGGGCUGAGUUUCGAGACUAUUUCAGGCAGCAGGAAGGUGAUAAGCGUUUGCUGGCAUUUACUAAAAGAGGAACAGCAACUCAUUCAGAAAUUUCAUAUAGAAAAGGUGAUUAUCUCAUAUUCGGCUCGGAAACAAGUGGCCUACCACCUGAAGCCUUGCAGGAUUGUAGAAGUGAAGCAUUGGGUGGUGGAACCAUUCGAAUUCCUAUGAUUGAUACUUAUGUUAGAUGCCUGAAUCUGUCUGUAAGUGUUGGCAUUGCAUUGUAUGAAGCUUCAAGACAGCUGAGCUAUGAGCAGCUUGAAUUCCCUUCAGAAUCUUUGGUCGAUAACGGCCAAUCAUUUAUUACUGAGGAUAUUUUUGCAUGAUUUUCAUAUCCGUCAUGAUGGCUUCGACGUCUUUACCUGUAACUUCAUUUGCAGAUUGAACUAGUAAUGAGUUUUCACAUUUUUGCA